AUGGUUCAUGAGAUUGCACACGCAUUCCACAACAUUUUCAACCCCACUGGCCACUUCCAAAAGCAUGAGCCAUUCAUGAACGACGGUCGUAUGGCCGAGCUAGGUUACGCAAUAACCAAACACUUAUUUGGCAAUGUUAUACAAGUCGCUGGCGCAAACCCAGAGCAUCUGGGUGUUCCAUUUGGGUUCUACUUUUUUGACUGGCCGGAUAGCGCCAACAGAGGCCUCAAAAAAGUGAUGAGGUAUAGUCUUGCAAAGGCUGGCGUGCAUACGCAUACCUACUAUGUCCUGCCCAUGUCGUACAUCCUCAGGGUCCUUCAUCCGCAGUUUUGGACUGAUGAAGUGAUGAGAUAUGGAACCAUUGCAAGUCUCAGACCGCCCAAGCUCUUGGGUGUGAGA